UAACGCAAAGGCACCCUUUCUUUCUUUCUCUAACACCUUUUUCUCUCUCAGAAUUUUCUCCUUUUUCUGAUUCCCUUUAUUAAUUUGAGUUUUCUCUCUCCCUUUAUCUUCCCUGAAAAUAUUUCUUCCUUCGUAUUGAUGUCGGAAAAGGGUCGGCCACUACCAAAAUUUGGUGAAUGGGACGUCAAUGAUCCAGCCUCGGCUGAGGGGUUCACUGUGAUUUUUAAUAAGGCUAGGGAUGAGAAAAAGACAGGUGGCAAUCCUGAGUCACCAGGAAAGACUGCUGCUGAUCCUCACAGCAAACCUGCAUUAGAUCCUGGCAAACCUCAGAGUAAAAAAUGGUUUUGCUGCAUGCAAAACCCAUCUGCAGAAUCAUAGCAAUGGCUGCCCAUGUGAAAAGGUUGAACAGAAGAACAAUGUCUAUGUGUAACUAGCUUCACAGUAUUUUCUCGAAGAUAAGAGCGGUAGAGUCAUAAGCAAAUUCUACGGAAUUUAUAUUAUGUGCUGUAAAAGUGAGCUGCAAUGGGGGAAAGCAAAGAAGUCAGACUAUUAUUUAUGUGUGUGUAUCAAUGUUGUGGUUUAUUAUUAGGAGCCAGGGUUGCUUCCUGUUUUGCCUUGUCUUGCGCUAUGAGCUAGAGCGUUGCUUGUCACAUUGUAUUACUUGUAUUAUCAAACAAAACCUAUUUUAUGAACUCAUUUAAUUCCUUUGAUUUCGUGGCCCGGACAAAGCUUGCAAUUUGGUACGUGCCUUGCUAUUCAUUGCCACUAGCUGCCUGUUCUUUUCCGGUUCGAAUUCUUCUUCCAAACUGGAAAAGGACAAAAAAUCAAAAUGAAGAAUGAGAGACAAAACUGGUUUCUUAUUUUUGCCACUAAGAUGUGCCGUAGCCCAUAUUCCUGCGUAGCAUGCUAAUACCGCUUUGCUUGUUAAUCGAGCUAAGAAAUAGGCUUUGAAGAUUGGGGUUUCUUUUCCUGUCCAAAAAUAAAAGAAGAUUCAGUGAUUUUAUACGCCUCGAAGGGAAUAGUUUUUGCUGUUGGGCUGGGGAUACUUUUGGUAUUAAAAAAGAAAGACUAUUGUUUUGUUAAAAUGGUACACAAUGGUCUGCUUCAAGUUUCAAAUGUGUGUAGAAACAAGGUAGGUGCCUAGGUGUUGUUGGAAAUAACGUGACAAUUGUUUGUAUGCUUUAGCUUGCCUUUGUUCUAAUCUGAAUAACAAAUCAAUUCAGCCAAAAGAUCAAACUUGCGAUUUUUUUC